UAAAGAAAUGGCCGGGACGGAGGGAGUACUACUGAACUACUGAGACAGAAAUAAUUAAAGACGGAAGUUGUACUUUUGAAAAUAAAAUAAUUGAAACAGAGAAAGAAGAAAACAAAAGAAGAGGGGUUUUCACAAGAAACUUGUGUUAAUCUGUCAGCUGUUUCUCCGUCUCUCGUUUGCAGCUGCUCAAUUUUACUAUACACACAUAUCCGUGUAAGUAUAGGAUAGGAAAGAGGUAUGGAUUUAGAUCUAUGGAUAACGAAGGUCAAAGAUGGGCAACACUUAUCAGAAGAUGAUCUUCAGCUGCUAUGUGAAUAUGUGAAGGAUAUCUUGAUUGAGGAAUCGAAUGUGCAGCCUGUCAAUAGUCCAGUUACAGUUUGUGGUGACAUCCAUGGGCAGUUCCAUGAUCUCAUGAAACUCUUCCAGACAGGAGGUCAUGUACCAGACACAAAUUACAUUUUUAUGGGAGAUUUUGUUGACCGUGGAUACAACAGUCUUGAAGUUUUCACCAUUCUUUUGCUUCUGAAAGCAAGAUAUCCCGCAAACAUUACCCUCCUACGUGGAAAUCAUGAAAGUAGACAAUUAACUCAGGUAUAUGGGUUUUAUGAUGAAUGUCAAAGAAAGUACGGAAAUGCUAAUGCCUGGCGGUACUGCACGGAUGUUUUUGACUAUCUUACUCUAUCAGCAAUUAUAGAUGGAACAGUAUUAUGUGUCCAUGGUGGCCUUUCCCCUGAUGUUAGAACUGUAGAUCAGAUUCGAGUCAUUGAUAGAAAUUGUGAAAUCCCACAUGAAGGACCUUUCUGUGACCUCAUGUGGAGUGACCCUGAAGAUAUUGAAACAUGGGCAGUCAGCCCUCGUGGUGCUGGGUGGCUAUUUGGAUCCAGGGUUACUUCUGAGUACAAUCACAUUAACAAACUUGAUCUAGUUUGCCGUGCCCAUCAACUUGUGCAAGAAGGUCUAAAGUACAUGUUUCAAGAUAAAGGACUUGUAACUGUAUGGUCAGCGCCAAACUAUUGUUACCGAUGUGGAAAUGUAGCUUCAAUAUUGAGCUUUAAUGAGAAUAUGGAGAAGGAGGUGAAAUUCUUCACAGAAACAGAGGAGAACAACCAGAUGCGAGGUCCCAGGAUGGGAGUACCUUAUUUUUUGUAAGUGGAAUAUCUCUUCCCUUGUCAAUUGUGUGAUACUAUUUCAGCAUGGGACAAUUGCUGCUCCAGCUGUGGAAAAGGAUGGAAGAAAUUGUUUGACCAGCAUGACCAGGAAUAGGUGGAAUUCAUCUUCCAAAGCUGGCCUGCUUUUGGAUAGUCUCUGUAACAAAAGAUGUAGUUUUUUUUUUUAAUAUUCUCUUUUAAUCUGUCUAUAAUUAUUUAAUAUGUUAUAAUUCUGUCUUGGAUUAAAGUAUAAUUCAGUAGAUUGCUUGACACAA